UGCUUUUUGGUUUGUAUCAUCCCCAUCCGUACAUGUAAAACUCGAUGCCGCCCAAACAGCAACGCGAGUCAGUUCCCACUCCAACCACCACCUCCAGUCGUGGCAACAACGCUCCUCCGGCUGGAAUCGUGCCAAAUCGCCUCAAGAUCAUCCAACUGCUCGGAUGCCUCGCUGUCGUCGCUGCUUGGCUGCUUGGUCGCGGCGGCAGUGGCGGCUCGAGCUCCUCCCACAUCGCCUCCAAGGACGCCUUCCACCGAGGCACCUUCCCCUCGCAUAUUACACUGUCGGACAACCAGCUGAUUGUCCCGAUGCCGUUGCCAAUCCACACGCGAUUCCGCCAGCUGUCCGUCGUCCGCGCCAAGAGCGUCCUUCCGUCCUCACCGCCUGAAACGUCUGAAACGCAGAGUCGUAGUGCGUAUGCUCAACUCGCCCGAACACAACGCAUGCCAGUCCUAAUGAACGAGACGCUUGCUGAUCAGUGGACGGCGCGCAAGGAAUGGGAUCUCAGGAGCGGCAACCUGACCAAGACGCUCAAACAGGUCAAAGUCUACCGACAAUCUCAGAACCGGCGCUUCUUUACAACGUUCCAUGACAACAAGCCAAUGGAGCCGCUGCUGGCGACCAAGCGGUGGCAGGACUACAAUGCACAAGUUGCCGUGGCUCCAUCGGUGGUGCUCAAGGACAACACGGAUGGCGUCUUCUUGUACUUUACGUCGGCAAUCGACUUGCUCAAGGAACGGGAGACGCUGCUGCGCGAUCUGCAAGGUCUGGAACAGCUGCAGGUUUCGGACGAAGGCCGCGUUAGCAACCUGUGGAUUGGUCGACGAGGCAUUGUCACAUCAACACACUACGAUGCCACAUUCAACUUUUUCGUGCAACUCCGCGGACGCAAACGCUUUACGCUGCUGCCUCCCUCCACGUCCAUGUACCUGUAUCCGUGCUUGCAUCCGCACUAUGGACACGCGCAAGUGAAUAUCAGUUCGCUGAAUCCGCAGGCGGAAUUGGUGAAUUUCCCGGGCUUUGCACGAGCGGAAGUCUACACUGCCGAGUUGGGCCCCGGUGAUAUGCUCUACCUGCCGCCGUUCUGGUUUCACCAGGUCGAAACACUCGAGCCGGACAGCUUGUCUGUGAAUGCGUGGUCGGACGCACCAGAGUACAGCGUCAUGCUCGAUGUCUACAGCAUGCCUGUCCCGUUCGAGAGCCAUUGGUCGCAAACUGGCACCGUCUUUGCCGCAAUGCUGCUGAUCAGCAAGCUGGUCGAGGACGUCCACGCCCAGCACAGCCUACAUUGGUUUGCGCCCGCGCCUGCUGCUGACACGGCCGCCCCGGUUGCCCGAUUCAUGGCAAUGCUUGUCGAGCAGCGCUACCGGCGUCUCUAUGCGAGCGGCGAAAUGCUACAGAAUGCGACCCUUUAUUCUCAAGUGGAGGGCACAUGCGCCUCAGUGCUGACCGCCAGUCACAUACAAACCUCCGCCACACUGCUGUAUCGUCAGCUGCUCGAGUGGGACACCGGCCUGAGCUCACCUGACGUGCUAAAUGGCGAGUUGGAUCCUGCUCGCCUGGCUUCAGCGGUGGCUGCAUUGUCGAAUGCCUUUGGUAAAAUUGCAGACUCGGCCAUUCGAACCACGCUCUUUAUGAAUUAUAUCGAACAUCUUGUGAAUGCUGUGCUGGGCGCGGCUUCCGUGCAUCCGUUUUUUGUCAACUGCUUCCUCCUUGUACAAUGAGAUUUUUGGUGUAGUUGUA